AUGUUUGUUAACCCAAAAUCAUACGAAUACGGAUACCAAGUCAAAGACGAAUACACCGGAACCAACUACAAUAAACAAGAAACUAGCGAUGGAAACCAAGUUAGAGGAGAAUACAGAGUAGCCCUUCCUGAUGGCCGUACCCAAAUCGUAACAUACUGGGCAGAUUGGCAAAGCGGAUUCCACGCUGACGUUAAAUACGAAGGAGAAGCUCAGUACCCAGAACAGUACAACAAAGGAGGAUACAACGGCGGAUCUGGACAAUACGGUGCUCCUUCUGGACAAUACGGCGCUCCUUCUUUUAAUGGUUACAAUGGAAAUUCUGCCGCCCCCUCAGCCAUCAACAGUCUAGCUUCAGGACACGAGGGCUACAAUAAUAAUUACAACAACAACUACGACUCUUACAACAAUGGAUACCAGAAUAAAGCACCAAGCAAUACCUAUGGAGCGCCAUAA